AUGGGCAUCAUCGAGUUUACCAUCUCCACAAUUCUAUUGUGUUGUACUCUGUUAUCGCCGGCAAGAGCCGAGCCGGUUGAGGACGAACGAGCUCUGCUCGAUUUUAUCGGUAACAUUUCCCACACCCGACGAGAGCUGAACUGGAAUGACAAAGCCUCUGCCUGCAAUGGCUGGACCGGAAUCACCUGCAACCACGACAACACACAUAUCAUCGCCAUCCGAUUGCCGGCCGUUGGAUUCAGAGGGAUCAUCCCUCCAAACACUCUCAGCCGUUUGUUCGAACUUCAAAUCUUGAGCCUGCGAUCCAACGGCCUCACUGGGCCUUUCCCCCGUGAUCUCUUAAACCUUCAGAAUCUUGUAGCCCUCUACCUACAGGACAAUGAGUUCGAGGGUCCUCUGCCCUCGAAUUUUUCCGGCUGGAAAAAUCUCUCGGUUUUGAAUCUUUCGGACAAUGGGUUUAACGGUAGUAUACCGCCUUCCUUCACGAAUCUGACUCGUCUGACGGUUUUGAGCCUAGCGAAUAACUCAUUUUCCGGUGUGAUUCCCGAUAUAGGAAUCCUCAGCCUGCAGUCCUUAGACUUGUCUAACAAUAUGCUCACAGGGCCUUUGCCCCAGUCUCUCUUCAGAUUCCCUGCUUCGUCCUUUUCUGGGAAUAAUAUUUCGUCCGAAAAUGCUUUUCCUCCUUCCAGUCCACCUACACCGGCACCAAUAAACCGAUCGAGAUUCAGUGAAGCUGCCAUUCUUGGAAUCGUGAUCGGGAGUUGCGCGCUGGCGUUCGUCUCGAUCGCCCUUCUCUUGAUCGUUACUAAUCGGAGGAAUAAAGAAGAUGAUGGUCAUAAGUCAACAGUCGAGAAGAAAGAGAAGGCUACGAGGAGAACGGAUUUGGAAAAUCGGGAUAAAAACACGAGGCUCGUGUUUUUCGAUGGCCGUGGGCUCGCGUUCGAUCUCGAGGAUUUGCUGAGGGCGUCGGCCGAGGUUCUCGGUAAGGGCGCGUUUGGCACAACAUACAAGGCGGCUUUGGAGGACGCGGCCAUAACAGUGGCGGUGAAGAGGCUGCCGGAAGUGGUUGUAGGAAGAAAAGAGUUCGAGCAGCAGAUGGAGGUGGUGGGGAGCGUGAGGCAUGAGAAUGUGGUCCCGUUGAGGGCUUAUUAUUACUCAAAAGACGAGAAGCUCAUGGUGUAUGACUAUUACGAACAGGGGAGUGUCUAUGCACUUCUACAUGCCAAAAGAGACGAAAAACGUGUUCCCUUAGACUGGGAAACCCGAGUGAGCAUCGCAAUAGGAGCUGCCCGGGGCCUAGCCCACAUCCACUCCCAAUGCGGCGACAAACUUGUCCACGGAAACAUAAAGUCCUCAAACAUCCUCCUCGACACCCGUCACCAAGCCUCCGUGUCCGACCUCGGGCUAGCCACACUCACCAACCCGAUCCCCCGCAACACAGGGUACCGCGCCCCGGAAGUGAGCGACACGCGCAAGGCAUCCCAGGCAGCCGACGUGUACAGCUUCGGGGUCGUACUGCUCGAGCUCCUCACCGGGAAGAGAGGGAACGAGGAGGGCGUGCAUUUGGUGAGGUGGGUCCAGUCGGUGGUGAGAGAGGAGUGGACGGGCGAGGUUUUUGAUGUGGAGCUGUUGGGGUAUCCAAACAUAGAGGAGGAGAUGGUGGGUGUUCUACAGAUAGGGUUGGGGUGUGUAGGACGGGCGGCAGCUCAGAGGCCAAGAAUGGGAGAUGUGGUGAGAAUGUUGGAGGAUGUUAGGGCUCUAGGGACACGAUCUUCCGGCACUAGGUCGACAGACCAGAUUCAGUGUUUGGAGUCAAGUGUUAUGUAA